AUGUCACACUAUCACUUCAUCAAAUGCUGUUGCUUCCAGCUAUGUAACGUUUUUCGGCAGAACAUGGAGAUAGACCAGUGUUUGCUGGAGUCUUUGCCGCUGGGCCAGCGUCAGAGGUUGGUGCGUCGGAUGCGCUGUGAUCAGAUCCGAGCCUACUACGAGCGCGAACGCACCCUGCAGAAACAGAACGCCCACAAACCCUCUGCCAGCAGCAGGACCAAGCAAAAGAUCCACUUCCACAUCUCAGACGUCAUCCAGGAUGCCAUCAUACACCAUGACAACAAAGAAGUGUUGAGGCUAUUGAAAGAGGGAGCUGAUCCCAACACACUGAUCUCUUCUGGAGGCACCCUGCUUCACCUGUGCGCUCGCCAUGACAACGUGUUCGUGGCAGAGGUCCUGAUUGAGCGUGGUGUGAACGUCAACCAGCAGGACGAGGAUCUGUGGACAGCCCUACACGUCGCCUGUGCCUGUGACCAUGCUGAUAUGGCUCUGCUACUGCUACUGGCUGGGGUCAACGUGCUUCUGCAGGACGUCAACGGGAAUAUUCCACUGGACUACACCACGGAGGGGACAGAGACCAGCUACAUCCUCAUCAAACACCUGGAGGAGAAUGGGCUGGACGUGAGCUCGAUGCACCAUAUGAAAACCCAGAGGCCGAGCACCAUGCUCUCAGACGUGCGUCAGUUAGUCAGCACUGGAGCCAGUGUCAACCAACGCAAUGAUGAUGGGGUUACGCUGUUACACAUGGCGUGUGCCAGUGGCUAUGCAGAAGUGGUCUCCCUUUUACUGGAGAAUGGCGCUGACCCUCAGCUCUCUGACAAUAGCUACUGGACCCCUUUACACCUGGCCGCCAAGUACGGACAGACACGUAUUGUGAGCCAGCUACUGAAGCACAAAGCAGACCCUGCUCUACUCAACUGUAACCAAGACAAGCCCUCAGACGUUGCUGCCUCAGAUCUGAUAGCGGACAUGUUGCUGAAGGCUGAGGAAUUCUGGGUACAGAGACAGAAGGACCCGACAGCUCCGCCCCCUUUAGACGAGCAGUACGAGGAAGCCAACCAGGAUGCCGUGAUGCUGGUGAAAAAACUGACGUCCAUGGCACUGCCCAUCUCUAAGCGGGACAGUCUUUUGGAGAGGGAUGCCAUGUUCAGGGACUCGGGGGGGGCUUUGACCAGACAGGCAUCUCAGGACAACGGCCUGGACGGGGCUUACGCCAGCGGAGCGGUCAAACCAGAGCAGGUGAAGUUAAUGCCUCCAGCUCCCAACGAUGACCUGGCCUCCCUGAGUGAGCUGACAGACAGCAGCCUACUGUACGAGAUGCAGAAACGCUUCGGGAACGACCAGAUCUAUACUUACAUUGGACACAUUCUCCUUCUCAUCAACCCCAACAAGGACCUGCCGAUUUAUUCUACACUGGUGAGUCAGUUGUAUCUCAGCUCUAGCGGGCGUCUCUGCUCCUCUCUCCCUCCUCACAUUUUCUCCUCGGCCGAGAGGGCUUAUCACAUGAUGCUGCAGGAGCGACGCCCACAGUGUUUCAUUAUCAGUGGGGAGAGUGGAUCAGGGAAGUCUGAGGCGUGUAAGCAUAUCCUGAAACACUUGGCGGCUCGCUCCUGUCCCAAAGGCUUUGCCCUGGAACCUCGUAUGAAACAUGUAAAUGCGAUCUUGGAAGCGUUCGGCCAUGCUAAGACCCAGAUGAACAGUAAUGCAAGUCGCUUUCUGAAGCUCUUGACUCUACAGUACUGUGAGAAAAAGAGAACUCUACUCAGGGCCCGUGUAUACACGUACAUGCUGGAGAAAUCCCGGCUAGUCUGCAUGCCCCCAAAUCAGCACAACUUCAACAUCUUUCACCUGAUGGCAGAAGGCAUGUCUGCAGAGGAAAAGAGCAGCCUUUAUCUCAAUAACCUCUUAGUGCACAGGUUCCUGAGCCCUGUGGCCCCUGGCGAAACUCCUCCUGUGGCAACUGCCUGUUCCCAGAGCAGAGACAAACUAACCGCCCUCAAACAGGCCCUGCGAGCCGUCAGCUUCAACAAACUGGAGGUGGAGAAUCUCUUUGUGGUGUUGUCAGCACUGCUGCACCUGGGGGACCUGCAGUUCACCGCCCUGACAGACGCUGACACAGCGCUGGUGUCCGACCUGCAGCUGCUCGAUAGAGUUGCUGGGAUGCUCCAGGUGAAUCCUGAAGAUCUUAACUCUGCUCUGACUUCUGAUGUGCAGUAUUUCAAAGGUGAUGUCAUUACCAGGCGUCACACAGUGGAGAUGUCAAAUCACUACAGGGAUCUUCUGGCUAAAGCUCUGUAUGGUCGACUCUUCAGUUUCCUCGUCAACAACAUCAACUACUACCUUCAAGGCCAAGACGAGAGCACCGGGGAUCCCGCUUUGGAGAUUGGCAUCCUGGACAUUUUUGGUUUUGAACAAUUUCAGAAGAAUGGCUUUGAACAGCUGUGCAUCAACAUGGUCAGUGAACAAAUUCACCAGUACACCACAGAGGUGCUCUUCCAGCAAGAACAGCAGGAGUGCGUGCAAGAGGGCAUCCCCGUGGAAACGCUGCGCUCCCCCGGCAACCACGCAGCGCUGCUGGACUUCUUCUUUCAGAAGCCCCAGGGUGUGUUGAGCUUGAUAGAUGAGGAGAGCCAGUCUCUCAGGCCAGCUGGGCACAACCUGCACAAGAAACUACAGAAGCACCUGGACUCCACCGUCACCGAGGGCAUCUCCCUGACCACCAAGGAUGGUAACGGAAACCCUCCCCCUAAAGACCAAGGGCCUUCGUUUACCGUCACACACUACGCCAGCAAGGUGACCUAUGACCUCACAGGUUCGUUGGAGAGAAACAGGGACGCCCUGCCCCAGAACAUUCUGUUUGUCAUGAAAUCCAGUGAGAAUGUUCUGAUCCGUCAAGUGUUCCAGUGUAAGCUGACUCAGACGGGUUCCCUGGUCUCCGCCCACCACCGGCUCUGGCUACGAGGUGCCAAAGGAGCUCUCCUCCUGCAGAAGCCGACCCCACCGACUCCCGCACGCGACCUCAAGAUGUACCUAGAGCUUAGCAAGUUACUGAAGAAGAAAGGGGCCGUGUCCUUCCUGCAGAGACUGGAGAGAUGUGGUCCAAUCACUGCUGUGGUCCAGUUGAGAAACUCGCUGAAUGAGAUCAGCAGUAAGCUCCGGGCUUGUACUCCUCACUUUGUGCAGUGUGUCCGGGCCAACGGCACCGCUCAGCCCGAGACCUUUGACAGCUUCCAUGUGUCCGCUCAGCUGCAGUACAUUGGGGUUCUGGAGAUGGUCCGUAUGAUCCGUUACGGAUACCCGGUCCGAUUGUCCUUCGCUGGGUUUCUGAACAGGUACAGAGAACUGGUGGACACCACGUUGACAAACAAAAGGAAGAUCUCAGCGGAGGAGAAGUGUCGCCAUAUCUUACAACACUGCAAGCUUCAAGGCUGGCAGAUUGGUAGCAGUAAAGUGUUCUUGAGGUACUGGCAAGCAGAUCAUCUGAAUGACCGCUGCCAUCAACUCCACAGGAAGGUCGUCACCUGUCAGAAAGUGGCACGUGGUUGGCUGGCCAGGCAGCGAGUCCGUCGCAGGCUGAAUUCCCAGCAGCGGGAGCAGAACAGUGUCCAGCGUUUUCUGCAGGGAGCAGAGGACAUGGGCCUUCGUGCCUACGACAGCCUGGUCAUCCAGAACGCGGCCGACAUCGCACGUGAGAAUGACCGCCUGCGAGGCCACGUCAGCGGACCGCCGCUUGGAGAAAGACCCGAACCCGUCGGCAAGGAAGAGGACUCGCCCAAAAGGCCUAUGGAGAGGACUGGGAGAGUGAAUGAUGCCUCGGGCCGCGGGGGGAGCCGGCCAGUCAGACACUUCCGCUCUAGCUCCGUGCCCAUCCCCUUAGCCAUGGAGAACUUGGUACAUUCCAGCGUUGGGUCAUCAAUCAAACCAGCUCUGCAGACAGCGGUACACGCCGCCGAGGAGGGGGGCGGAGGGGGGAGUCUUUCAUCGCCACGGAAACAGCCGCCCCCCAAACCCAAGAGGGACCCGAACACACGUCUGAGUGCGUCCUACGAGGCGGUCAGCGCCGGCCUGAGCAUCGCCCCAAAAGACAGCCCUGCCGAGGGCCAGUCGUCGCCCUCCGGAAGCCCCCCCAAAACCCAGCUCUCCCCCUCUGACACUCUGUCCAAACCGCGCCCUCACAGCGACGACUAUAGCACCAUGAAGAAGAUCCCUCCUCCCAAACCCAAACGGAGUCCCAACACCAAACUCACGGGCUCCUACGAGGAGAUUUCGGCUCCCUCGCGCCCCACUGACAUGAAGCUGGCGUGCCUUACCCGCGGCGGGCACUGCCUGGGUCACAUGCAGCGGGCGGCCUCCAUGGACGGACCGCCCUCGUCCGUGCUGAGCCUGUACCCGUGCCAGGAUGAGGAGGACGUUUAUAUCGAGAUGGUGGGUAGUGCCAGGGCACUUAGCCUGCAGGACACCGACAGCCCGGAGCAGAGCGAGGCCGUGUACGAGGAGAUGAAGUACUUUUUACCGGAGGAGGGCGUGGUCUUCACCAAACCCGAGAGCUCAGCUCCGAAUCCCAACCCUCACCAGACCCUCGAAAUCAAAAGGCCGGUCGUCGGCAUGGCGACAGAGCACCCCAGCCUGCCCCCGCUGGCGGGCAAGGCGCACGCCAAGGAGGGGACGACUUGCGACAUUCCGGCUCCGUUCCCCAACCUCCUCCCCCACCGCCCCCCUUUGCUGGUGUUCCCCCCGUCGCCCGUCACCUGCUCCCCGGCCUCGGACGAGUCGCCUCUCACCCCGCUGGAGGUGAAGAAGCUUCCGGUAUUUGAGACCAACCUCAACUACUCGAGCCAGGAUGGGAGCGGAAGCCCUCUUUCCCCUCAGUACGCCCGCCAGAGAGCCGACUCCUCCCCCAGCCUGUCGGUCUUGAUGUCCGACAAGUCGACCCCGCCGCUGACCCCGCCCCCGCCCCCGCCCCCUCCUUCGGCCCUCCCUCCCCCUUACCGUCCCCCGUCUCACUUCCCUUUCCCGCCCGAGCCUAAUUUCCUGGCGCUGACCCGGGCCAUGUCGCUGGCCAGCUCCGAGUCGCCCAAAACCUCGCACAAAGGCGGCCACGGUUUGGCCGAGACUCCCCCGGGCAGCGCCAAACCCCCCUACUCGUCUGCGAAAUCAUCUCGACCAGAACCGCGCAGAGCCCACUCCUGCUCCUCGUCGCCCCUGCUGUUUAACCCGGCCAACGGGAGACCCCUUACCAGUCCACUGGACGAGCUUAACACACUCUUCAGCUCGGGACGCAGCCUGCUCCGCAAAUCCACCACAGGCAGGAAGAUCCGAGACAGUGGAUUCUCCAACUCCAAUAUAAACCUGCCUGGGCGAGAAGAACAAGGCUCCGCCUCCUCCUCGCCACAGUUACAGGACAAAAACGCCAACAACCACACCUCAGCCAACUCCCCGAACCCCGCCCCCGUCGAGAACGGCAACCAGCUCUCCAACGGCACAUUAGAGGACGAGGGACAGUCGAAAUCAAAUGCAUCUAGUGCCUCGUCACUGCAUAGACACAUGGACAGCCAUCACCCUCAGGGAGUCCAGCGGCUUCGUGCAUGUGGAGACCGGAGUGCCGCCCUGCAGGAGCUGUUGCGCUGGAGGAGGAGUGUGUGUGAGGGACGAACAGGCUGGCAGAAUGCCUGGCUUCACACACACACCUCGCCCACCCUCAUACUGAAGAACAAGAGUCACAUGACCAAAAAAGCAUCGCCAUAG